UUUGUUGUUGCUGGUCUUCCUCUCUUUCUUGCACCGUGCUUUGGUCCCCAGAGUAGUAGAUCACUUAUCACCUCAUCCUUUUUUCUCCAUUUACAUUGAAGCGAUUGAUAAACCGACAUUCAAAGGACACAGUAUCGUAACGAAUUUUAGAUCAUGGUUCUACCAAAGAAGUGACAAAACUAGCGUUAAAGAAUAAAUGCUGAGUACAGCCACACAUUGUACUCUGAGAUCGUGUAAACCUCAACUGUACGGAGACAUUAAAAGCCGAUACCUUAGAUAACAGCAUCUAUGGAAAAUUACUUUUGCACGAAUCUUAUAAAAGGGACAAUUUAUUCAACAGGCGGGAAUACGCGCGUACUGAAUAAAUCGUCUAUUGCAUAAAGGUGCUGGCAGACUUUCACAUUUUUCCUUACUGAACAUAAACUGUACCGAGGCGUGUCAGUGACUGACGUCUCGACAACCUGUGCGGUAGUCAUCUUCAGAGUCAAACUGAGUUGCAACACGUCAGUUGAUGAUAUGAUGUCAAUGAGCCUGAAAUCAUUUCAGAGUAUAGUAUAAUAUAAUAGUAUAAUAUGCAAUAUCCUCUAUACCCGAGGUCGUAAUACAUUCUAAACUCGAUCCCUAUCAUGAAAAACCCCAGAUUCUAUGACCACCUUUAUGUCUUUUCCCUGAGCCUUGUCCUCUUAAUUACUUCAAUUUACUGACACUCAUCGAAAGCAGAAUAACACGUGCUCGACUUAAAGUAUCAACUUAGUUUAAAAAUUCGUAUCCAAAUGUGUUUUUUGUUUUUUUUUUUUCAGAGAACUGGAAGAAGAUCAAUACUGGCCCAGUCUGCUUUGGAGCUCGAAAUGACUCAUAUGGGGCUUUCAACAUCGGAGAGAGUGGGGUUAUUCGUACCUUUAAACUCGUUCAUCUGACUGGGUCAAUUACAUGUAACCCCGAUUACCCUCCUUCUUAUUGGGGAUGUGAGUUUCCCGGGUACGGAGACACGAGACUCCAAACCGUCAUAACGUUCAAGAACAGAUCCGCUCUUUUGUUGGCAGAUUACAGGAAAAAUUGUGGCCAUUCAUAUAAGAUCGAAGGUGUAGGUGUUAAUGAGAUCGAACUUCGAUUUAACAAUCUUCCCUCUCCAAUAUCUGUGUCUGUUGGAGAUGAGUUUCAAAUUUGGUACGGACAAGACUUAUAUUACUGUUCAGAAGACAACAACAGCGGUCAGACAUGUGCUGAUGUUUAUGCGCGGUACGCGGGAAUCAAAGGAUAA